CUGCUGUUGCAGCUGUAGCUGGGGACUGCUGCUGCUGUCGUGCUGCCCACGCGCUCCUACUCCCGGCCAGGAGGAGGGGCACUCUGGAUCUCUGGGCCACCACCACCAGAUGAUGAAGAUGAUGAAGAUGAAGAAUGCCUUCUGCGCCGGGCUCUUCUGCGCCCUGCGCUUGUUCGGUGCCGCCGUGGCUGUCCAGGUGUUCGCUCCGCGCCGGAUGAACGUGGCCAUGCUCUUCUCGUCCGCCACGCUCCGCUGCGACUACACGGCGGUGGGGGGCUCUUCGCAGCCUCCCAUCGUCCUCUGGAAGUUCAAGCCGUACUGCCGGGACCGGCUGUCGGCGCUGUUCGCGGGGCCGGCGAGCCAGGGCACGAGCGACUACGCGGAGGCGAAGCUGCCCGGCUACGACUCGAACGUGGACUGCCCCGAGGAGCCGCGCCCUGUCCGCAUCGUGGCCACGAAGCACGGCAAUGCCGUGACGCUGGGGGACGACUACAAGAGGCGCAGCGUCACCGUGGUCAACGACGCCGAUCUGUACUUCGGCCAAACGGAGUGGGGCGACGGGGGCUUCUACUUGUGCUCUGUGGUGUCCAACACGGACCUGACCGGCGACAACGAGGUCAAGAUGGAGCUGUGGGUGUUGGGGAAAACAAUUGAGAAGGUUGAACUCUUGCCAGGCUUUCAGAUAGCAAACCUGCCAGACUGGCUCUUCGUGCUGCUCGUUGUGCUGGGUGGCCUGCUGCUCAUCAUUCUGCUCGCCGUGUGCUGGUGCCAGUGCUGCCCGCACACGUGCUGCUGCUACGUGCGCUGCCCCUGCUGCCCCCGCCGAUGCUGCUGCCCCAGGGCACUGUACGAGGCGGGCAAGGCGGCCACGUACGGCUACGCCAGCGAUGCCCCGAGCCUGUCCGGCCUCCACGCCGCGCGCGAGCCCCUCUCGCUCUACCACGUCCCCACGAACACGCGCUCGCAGCGCUCGCAGCACGACGCGUCAGUGCGGAGCGGCUACCGCGUGCAGGCCGAUCGCUCCAGCUCCUCCAUGAAGGUGCUCUACUACGUGGAGAAGGAGCUGGCCAAGCUUGACCCGUCGCGCCUCCACACGGUGGAGAAAGCGAGCAGCAUGAGCGAGCUGACCUCCCUGCACGACGACAACGGCGCCGGUGACCUGCGGGAGGCGCUGCGCCACGCCAAGUUGCGGGCGCUGCCUCCCAUCAGCGACCUCGGCGAGGGCCUCAGCCUCGGCUCGGGCACAGGCGCCGCCUCCCGCAACUCGGUGCACGCGGCGUCCCGGGGCCGCGAGCGUGACGGGGCCGCGGGAGGGUACAGGGACUCGAGCCGGCACGGGUGGUCCUGUCACGAUCAAAUCGGGCAGCGCUGGGACGGCCGCGAGUUCCUGGACCGGGAGCCGGACUCCGAUAAGGACCCCAGCCCCUACUCGGGCAGCCGUCGCCACGCCAACUGGCACCGCUCGCGCUCGCGGGACCGCCUCGACUCCGACCUGGACUCGACCACGGACCUAAGCGGCGGUUACGAGCGAGAGCGGAGUCGCCGGGAGAGCAACCGCGAGCCGCGCGGCUACCGGACAAACUCCUACCUGGUGCGGCACUCCGACGACGACGACCACCGCCGCCACCAUCACGACGGGGUCGCCGGCGCCGGCGGCAAGGCAUCCGGCAGGGGCGGCGAUGGAAGCCACCGCCAGCAGCGCCGCGACGGCCGCCACCGGGGGGGCGGCGGCGAUCGCGAGCGGCCCGCUCGGCCCCGAUCCGUGCGCGGGUCAGAAAGGGACCUCGAGCGGGACGCCUCCCCUCACUCCCCCCAGGUGGCGGGGACGAGGGGGGCUGGCGACCCGGGAUCCGGUUCGGUCCGCGCGGGUCGGGGGUCGCACAGCAGGGGUCACGGGGCGCGCGAGGAGAGGCCGCCCAGCUACCGCGUGGCGGCGGCGGCGGCGGAGCCCGGGGAGGGGUCGCUGCCUCCGUACUCGCCGCCCGUGUCGCACCACAACCAAGGAUCUCGCUCGUCGUCGGCGCGUGCCGGUCCCCGGAGGCUCAACGCGGACGAGAGCGUCAACCGUGGAAGUUUGCGCGUCUAAGACAACGCCACGGCUACUCCCCUCCCGCUCGACUGUGAAGCGGAAUGCCUCCUUUAAAAAAAAACAACAGGAUGGACAUUGCAGACGUUUUACGAUUAUCUUUUUUAUACCAAGUAUUUUGUAACUUUGUACACAGACUCACGCGCAUUGCAUUUGUCAGCGCUGUCGGAUCCAAGCGUCGCACACGUCCAGGAGAUGUCACUCGCACCAAACGGCACAAGAUGAGUGCCACGUUGAUCUCAUCAAGGCGUGAGCUGCUCCAGCCCAGCGCCUUCAUCGCACUGUCCUCAAAUAAGAAAUGAUGGAGGUGGCCACGUGUGAAUUGCAUUUACAGGGUGCUUACGUGCCUCAGCAACUGAAGCUCUCUGCCUCACGUCUCACCUGAGCCAUUUCAUUGCCUUGCGGCAGUCUAGCGUAGGGGACCACCGGUGGUAACCAUCUCUGCACAGCACAACAUGAACACAGUACCAUCCUGCAAACGGGCAUAGGCUGCUACUUAUAAGAUGUCGUUACGUGGUUUUUUCACAAUCACGUAAUUUGCGGGCGAUUUUUUGUUCGAAUUUGGGAAAUUUGGGUUGUGCCACCGGCACACACGGCCUCUUUUACGAAUGUCGCACGAUCUUUAACGUCCGCUGUGAAGCGGACAGCGCAUAAUUAUGGUUAACUCACAGGCAGUGUUAACCAUGGUGGCCGCAGGGCACCUGUGAGAUUAUACGAUAAAAUGUGGAUUCAUUUACGUCUGAAUGUGACCGCAUCGCAAGACGCCGUACGGUAGCGGUGAGCAUAUUUAUUUUAAAGCUGGAAAGAGAGUCAUAGGCUGGGGGGUAAAAAAGGAAAAUCUUGACCCUGGACUUGAAUGGAGUCGACAACGUGGAUGGAUGGGAGAAGAAAGUUCUAGACCAGGGGUCGGCAACCUGCGGCACUGUAGCCACGUGCAGCUCUUUGAGGACUCCUUUGUGCCGUUAUUUAUUGAGGACCACUGUCUCUUAUUCACAUGCAUUGCGGCUCCUCGUCUAAUGUUUGUUGCCGACCCCUGUCCUAGACUACGACGGAGGUAACAUUAGAGAAUGAGAAACCUCCCACUGAGCGGUUACCUGGAAGCUUUGACGGACAAAGCCUUCGUUGGUGGAGCAGAGAGUGCGUUGAGGUGAGUGCUGUAGCGAUAAGGGGAGAGCUAGACAGGGUUGCGUCUGCGGAGGAUCUUUGAAGACGGUGAGAUCUUGAAAUUGAUUUGGCACUGGAUUAGAAGUCAGUGGAGCAACCGGGAGUAUUGGGGUGACUCGUUUAUGGGUAAGAAGUCUAGCAGUGGGAUUUUUGUGAUGAGGUGUGAUUUACUUAUGAAGAUGUGUACAGGAAGGGCCACCCAGCCACCACUAAAAGGGAUAAUUAUUUCAUAAUAAAUUAUAUUUGUUCGUAGCGUGUUUGAUAGCCAAGGUGAAUGAUUGCAUUUACUUACCUUUUACAGUGUUAAACUGCCAUUACAGUAUUAUUGAUAUGUGUUUUUUUAAGUUUAAUUUUUUAAAUCUAUGCCUGUGUAAAAUCUGGCAAAGGACUCAAAAGUUACUUAACACAUGAUAUUUAAAAAUGAUUUAUUUUGCAUGCUCAUUAUUUCUUCCACGUUGGGAUGUUUUCAGAAAACAAAGUUCAAUGUUAGCGCAAAUCUAUCUUGAUAGGAUUACCGUGUUUAAAAAAAGAAAACUAACGUUAGUGUCGCAUAUCUGACUCACUGGGGACCGAGGUGUAAGAGGAUUCGAGAAAAGGUCACGUUUGUGAACGUGUAUAGAAAAUAACACUUAAACCAUGGCCAAAUACCAGUGGGUACGAGCGGUUAAUUGGAUAUGUGACGGUCGGAUAUGCAAUGCUGUACGGUAGUAUAUGUAAAUUUCAACAUGCCAAGAUGUUUAUAAUCUGAAAGAACUUAAACAAAUUUACAUUUAAAUACAUCGGCACCAUCGGCCGUGUGAAUUAGUGUUUCACAGCAGCAGCAACAACAUCCCUGGAUCUGCUUCGGUUUUGCAGAGUCCCGUCAGUAUGGUGUAUAUUUAAACAAGUGCCUGCUUUCAGGCAGGAACGGUGAGUAAUGCUAUACUGUGUUUUAAAGCCAUGCUCUUAAGUGUGUGACUCAUUUUCAAUGAAAGAUGGGGUUAUUAAAGUUGCCUAUGCGUACAACCAUUUAUCAAUUCACCGCUGGAUUAAGGCCUGCCACACCAAGUCGUUCAUGGGGAUUGUAAGACCAGACUGGUCAUUGCGGGUUUGGUGAAGGAAGUUAACCGGGAAUUGAACCCUGGUAGCCGGGUUUAUAGCGCAAUGUGCGAACCACUACGCCACGGCUUCUUUCCCCCCACCCGCUAUAAACCUCCUUAAUAGAUUCGAUUUGGCCGAUGACCAAAUGACGCAAUGCGCCAGAUCUCAGGUGUCAGGCAGAGUUCAGUCCGGAUAUUGUUGGGAUGGGGCUUAAUGCGGUAGAGGGCUGUGCAGCAACAUCGAUGGCCCUGUAUUUGUACGCUGUCAUUUCUACGCUUGGCCGUUCGCCACCCCACAUUCACCAGCGCAAUGAAGGAAGGUCCUACUCCAGCAGUAUAUUGACGAAAGAGUUGUACAGGCCUUCAAUGUGUGGUACCCACUCAGCCCAGGAAUUACUAUUGGUUUACAUGUGUGUUUUUUUAAAAUAUGAAUGAUCACGUUGCGCUCAACAGGAUAGUUUUACAUGAGCGUUUUUGUUUGGAGGUUGUGCUUUUCUUUCAAAGCAGUGCUGAGUCGCGUUCGUUGUCUUAAGUACUAUGAUUACAUGCCGCUCAUAGUGUUAUCGAUAUUGAUAUUUCCUACUUCAAAAAUUACACUCCAUAUUUACUACAAAUGCCAAUGUUCUUUAGUUUUCAACAAAUUAAUAAAUGACAUGAAAACAAAUGCGUCAGCGACCACUAAAGUUAAUGCUACCAAAUUUCUGGGAGGUUCAACCUGAGCGUUAUCCCCUCGGGAUGCGAGGCGUCUCUUCUCAAAGAGACGCCUCGUUUUCCGCCCACACUAAGCAGCGCACUAAAAGAGGAAAUUGGAUACUCAUUCAAGUGAAAAACAAUAAAAUGUAUACAAUUAUU